CGUAAGAUUUUUAUCGAAGGGGCGACAUUUCUCACGGAUUCCUUCUCGCCGUCGCACAAUCUCCUUCUGGUCCUGCGAGAUUUCCAGGUCGUAUCGAUCCACCGUGCUGCGAUAAAUUAGUCGAAGAAUCGGAUGGUGGCGUACGCCGGUUUCCUUGGCUCGCCUCCUUCACAUUCUCGUCAUUUGAUGGGCAAACCCUAGGGGGAGGAGCAGGAAGGCACCUUAAUCCAAUGUUCUCGCGGUGGGACUUCUCGCGGUCGAGCGUGAUCAAGCGCGUGUGCAAGUUCCUGCUAAAGAAGAAGCUUGGGGAGGUGAUUUUGGGCGACAUCGACCUCGAUCAGCUCGAUGUCCAGCUCGGCACCGGCACAAUCCAACUCUCCGACCUCGCGCUCAACGUUGAUUUCCUUAACCAGAAGAUUGCUGGUGCACCAAUUGUGGUUAAAGAAGGAUCAAUAAAGUCUCUAUCGAUUAAAGUCCCCUGGAAACUGAGGAAUUGUGAGAUAGAAAUUGAUGAGAUUGAGCUUGUGCUUGGACCAUUUAAUGGGAGCUGUGCUACUCAGGCUCAUGCUGACAGUUCAUUGCCACAUGAUUGUCAACAUCAUAUGAAUGACAAUCCUGAUAGGAUUGAGUGUGAGAUUGCUCAGGAUUACCAUGGUUCUAUCCCUCUAGACAUUCAUGAAGGAGUUAAAACAAUUGCCAAAGUAGUGAAAUGGUUUCUUACUAGCUUUCAUGUCAGACUAAAUGGGGUUAUAGUUGCGUUUGAUCCUCGGUCACAUCUGGAUGAAAGAAGAGACAAAUCCUGUAGGCUUCUAGUUCUUCGAAUUAAAGAGACCGAGUUUGGAACUCAUCUUUCAGAAGAUUCAAUGUCUAAGUUAACAAACUUCAUGAAAUUCCAAAAAGCUAAUGUUGAGUUUCUUGAAAUGGAUGAUAUAGAUGAAGGCUUGGAGGUUGACAAUGUUACAGGGAGAGGCCUUAAUGGAAGGCUCUUGAAUCAUGGUACCACUUCAAUUUUGACUGGGGCAGAUGGUGGGUUCUCAGUGACAUUAAACUUGAGCAUUCCAUGGAAGAAUGGCUGUUUGGAUGUGAGUAAAGUUGAUGCGGAGGUUUCAAUUGACCCAAUAGAGUUAAGGAUCCAACCCAGCAGUAUUAAUUGGGCGAUAGCUAUAUGGAAUUCUCUCGAGAACACCAAAGCAUCUGAAUGUGCACACUAUCAUAAAGCUUCAAAUUCAUUUAACUCCACUUAUAGAAGCCAUACAGCUAUGACAAAUACUAUCUAUUUAGAUGUUGAUGCUGAUACACUCAUGAGGGGUAGUGAACUAAGUAGUGUGUUUUCUGCAAUCACUCCAGAAACAGUUCCUGAUGCUUUGCUUAUGAGGACAAACUUCAUUCAUGAUUGGGUUCCACAACAUCUUUAUCAAGAAGAUCCUAGUAGUAUGGUGCCAGACCUAAGUGCAAGCAUUGAUCAAUUCUUUGAAUGUUUCGAUGAAAUAAGUUCUCAAGGGUACUCAAGUAACGGAAGUAUAUGGAACUGGACACGUUCUGUUUUCAAUGCAAUAUCUGUUGCAUCUAAUCUCGCUUCUGGGAUGGGCGAUGUUGCUAAAGAACAACAUGUGGAGACUAGUUUACGAGCUGCAAUAGCUGGUAUCAGUGUCAUUGUUUUCCUUGGUGAUGAUCAGCAUUAUUUAUGUGGUUCAAACAAUUUAUUUGAGCCAUUAUUGGAUGAGAUAAAUUCUAGGUCAAUAAGCUGUCCUUCGUCGGCAAAUAUUUCUGUUUCCAGAUCAAACAAAGUCACUCCUGUUGAUAACAAGAUGCAUCACAUUGAAGCGAAGUGUCAUAAUUUAGUUCUAGAAUUUGAGACUUAUUCUGGAAAUACUACAUUUAGUGCAUCAGUGGAACGUGUCAAAGUUGAUGCAUACUAUGAUGCUCAAAGAUAUUCCACAGGCUUUCUGUCAAGUGGUGACCAGAAUACCUCCAAUGAGCAAUUGUUUCUAAACCACCAUAUAAAAGAAAAAAUCCAAGAUUCUCUUCCUCCAUUUCCUUUUUGUAUAUCAGAUUGUGAUUCAGAUUUGGCUGGGAAGGAUAGUACCUUGGGUGGCAUACGUCAGUUUAGGUUGUUUGAGUCAUUUGGCAAUUGCAGCUGUAAGUUGAAUGUCAACCCAAAAGGCUCAAAUGGCUUGAUGGCGCUGACAUCCUUUGUUGUCAAUUUCCCACCUUUCAUUUUGUGGUUUCACUAUAAUCUGGUUGACAUGCUUCUGUAUCUCUUUAAACAUGUAAAUCACUCAAAGAUAAACAAUCAAACCAAAGAUGUUCAAUCUGAUAUGCUAUGUGAAAGGACUACUAUCUCAUCUUCUGAAGUUGCUAAAACUGACACCACUUCUAUUACAAGUGCGCCCCCAAGAACAUUUCUUCAAGGAAAUUUAAUUUUUCCUCAGUCUAGGAUAAUCAUUUGUUUCCCGCCAGACUAUUAUGGAGAUUCUCGGAGCUCUUCCCUUUUGGAUAAACUCAUUGUACUUGAGCAUUCUACACCUUUGAACCCUAAAGAAGCUUCAGAUUCCUUUUCUUUUCCAAAUGUAAAUUCUGCAAGGGAUCAACCAUCCAUGUCUUCCAGUUCAAUUCACUUGAGUACACAAAACUUGGAUGUUUACUUGGUUGAAUCUUCAAAGGAAAAUGGUUUAGAUGGUGGAGUUUGCACUCCAGAAAAACAGUUUUUUUCUUCUGUGAAGAUCAUAUCAGUUAGCGGGAUAAAAAAGGAUUCAUGUUCUGGAAUUACCAUGCUUUGGCAACAGGGUUCACUGACUGGUAGUUGGAUGGUAGAUCGUGUUUGGAGUUUGGCUGUAUCACGUGAUCAAAACAGAAAUAAAAUUAUUGGAAAAGGAUCAGAGUUCUCCUCUAUAACUGAUGCAGAUGACCUUGAGGAGACACACUGUAAUAUUCGCCAGGAGUUGAUUCUUAAUUCUUCCUUUUUUUUGCAUAUUCAGUUGUGUUGUGUAUGGAUCAAUCUUGAUAACCAUGAUUAUAAAUUUUUGACUUGUUUGCUAAAUAAUGUCAUUGAUGGAUUUUCCAAGGCAACAAUUGGGAUGGACAGUAAUAUAAACACUGAUAUAAUGAAGAAAAAUAUAGCAGCAACUACCACCGCAUCACAAGCAUCUGUUCUUGUGAAGUGUGAUGUCAUAGAUGCUUGUAUUAGAUUAAAUGAAACACUCGAGGUUAGUCACUUAAUACAAAAGGAACUACAGGGAUUAUGGGAUUGCUUUAGACUGAAAAUUGACAAGUUUGAGUUGCUAUCUGUCUCUAAUAUUGGUGAAAGUUCUGGCACAAAUUAUUUAUGGAUCAAUCACAGAGAAGGUGAUUUGUGGGGUUCUGUCUUUAAUGAAGCAAAAUCUCCUACUGUUGCACAUGAUAAAAAAUAUUCUCAAGUUAUACCAGAUAUAUGUCUAUUAACCUUUCGGAAUUCUGCAAUGAAACGGGGUAAUGGUGAAGGUGCUAAUGCAUUGAGUUUUGGUCUUGCUGGUACUGCUAUAACUAACAUGUGGAAUCCACUGUUACAACAAGGUUACACAUCCAUUAUUGUUCGAUGUGGGACAAUUAUUGGACCUGGUGGUCGGUUAGAUUGGAUUAGUUCUAUAUUAUCAUAUUUCAAUUCAUCUGAUAAAGAGAGAGAGAAUUUGGAGAAUGAUGGAACGAAAUAUAAAGUGCUAUUUUUCUUGGAUUUGGUGGAUGUUGCUUUAGGAUAUGAACCCUACGCUACAGCACACUUCGUUGUUGGCAGUAAAGAUCCUGACAUCAGGCAUAAUUGUGAUUCGGAACCUGACAUAGAGAAAGACACUGCAGUCACAGCAUGCCUUUUGGCUGCUUCAUCCUUGAGCCUCUAUAAUCAUACUAACCGAGAUUCAACUGUUGAUUACAAUAUUCAUCUGAAGGAUGUAGGCUUUCUUAUUUCUGAAUCACAUGUAUCCACAUCAGAUGUUGAUGGUUAUUCUGUAGGCUAUGUUCAAAGGGCGGGAUAUUCAAAAAUUGCUCAGGUUUCCAUUCUGCAGGCUAUAUUAAGAAUUAGAGGGCUCUUCUGGGAACUUGAAUUUUCAGAAUCACAUGUCAGUCUAGAAUCUUGUAGGGAUACAACAUCUAGCCUUUUCCGUUUGAUUGUUCAGCUUCAGCAGCUUUAUGCACCUGAUGUUGAAGACUCUUUGAUGCACUUGCAGUCUCGGUGGAAUCGAAUGAGAGAUGUCUCCACCAGUUCUUUGCUGUCAACUAGUGUUCAAGAGGAACCUACAUGUGGGUUAUUGGAUGGCAUCCUCGAGAAUGCUUUUGAAUCCAAUCCGACAUCUGAUGUUUGCAGCAUGGCUCUUGUUUCACGUGAACAGCACAAGCUAGAGGACAUACUAAAGUCUGGAGCCUCUGUGGAUUCUGCUGCUGCUGAUUCAUCUUAUAGUAAAGGAGUAGGUAUAUUUUUAGACAAACCUGUUAUGCCUCAGGUAAUUGAGAGGUACUAUCCACCUGACAUGCUUCCAUCUGCCCAGUUGCACUCCAUCAAUCAUUAUCCAGCUGAACAUGACAAAUGCACACUGGAUAUUUCAACUCAUAGAGACACUGAAUAUAGACAAGGUGGAUGGUAUGUUGAUGAUGGCUUUAUGAUUGUUGAAGACCAUAUUUCAACAAUGCAAAAACAGCCGGAAGGAAAUUCUCUUUUAGAUGAAGAAUUUGGAUGUGAAAAUAUUUCCACUGCUGAUCAUAGCCCACCAAAAGGGAGAAUACUUCUUAAAGAUAUGGAAGCAAGUUGGUGCAUGUAUGCUGGACUCGACUGGGCUAAAUCAAAGGGAAUUGAUGGAAGAGAUAGGAGCACAUUCUUGGAGCUUAGUUUGGUAGGGUUGUGUCUUCAAUACGACAUAUAUCCUGAAGGUGAAAUUAAUGUAUCAAAGCUCUCUCUUACAGUACAAGAUUUUAAUCUGUAUGACAGAAGCGAUGAUGCACCUUGGAAGAUGGUUUUAGGCAACUAUCAUUCAAAAAACCAUCCAAGAGAAUCCUAUGCUAAAGCAUUCAAAUUGAAUUUGGAAACUGUAAGGCCCAACCCAGUCACACCUUUGGAGGAUUGCAGGUUACUUCUUGAGCUUCUACCUCUUCGGUUGCAUCUUGAUCAAACACAACUAAUUUUUCUCACCAAUUUUUUUGGGAAUGAGUCCUUUGAUGACCCUUCUCCUAGUUCACCUAAUAUUUUGGAUGGGUCUGAUACGUCAACUUCAUUGAGCCGAAGGUCUGGAAAGCAACUAGUAGUGGAGGAGGCUCUACUUCCGUUUUUUCAGAAAUGUGUUGUUAAGCCCCUGAUUGUAUGUGUUGAUUAUAUCCCUCGUCAUUUUGACCCAGCUUCACUAAGAAGAGGAAACUAUGCUGAACUUCUCAAUUUAGUUCCGUGGAAGGGAAUUGAUUUGAAGCUUAAACAAGUUUGUGCCAUUGGGGUUUAUGGGUGGAACAAUAUUUUUGAAACUGUCAUUGGGGAGUGGUUGGAAGAUAUUGCUAACAAUCAGGUACGGGAGCUGUUGAAAGGGCUUCCACCCAUGAAGUCUUUGUUUGCCGUCAGUUCUGGUACUAAAAAGUUGGUUUGCUUGCCAUUAAAAAGCUAUAAGAAAGAUCAUAAGUUGCUGAAGGGAAUGCAGAGAGGUGCAAUGGCCUUCAUAAAGAGUAUUUCAAUCGAGGCCGUUGGCUUGGGGGUUCAUUUAGCUGCUGGAGUCCAGGAAAUCUUGCUCCAAACUGAAUACUUCGUAACAAGUAGCCCUUCGUCUGUACCAUUGUCUGAGAUAAAGAGGAAAAUAACAAGUGUAAGAGCUAAUCAACCAGAAAAUGCACAGGAAGGUAUCCAACAGGCUUAUGAGAGUCUAAGUGAUGGCUUUGGUAGAACUACCUCAGGUUUGCUGGGGAAUCCUUUAAAGGCUUAUCAGCGUGGUGCUGGUGCUGGUUCUGCUCUUGCAAUGGCUGUUCGAGGAGCUCCUGCUGCUGCUAUAGCUCCUUUUUCAGCUUCUGCUCGUGCUGUUCACAGCACACUGCUUGGAUUGAGGAAUAGCAUGGAUCCCGAACACAAAAGGGAAUCAAUCGAGAAAUACCAGGGGCCUUCUCAGUCCUAAGAUUGACAUUUUUCUGGUAUUGGUGAACUUGCAUGUGUCCAUUUACAUGGCAUUUCGAGAUUGUUGGAUCAUUUCUGCUCAUAUGCUUGCUCUCGGUGCCUGGGUAGAAAGCUAAUUCACUGUUGAUUCGUCGUCUAGCUAAAGAAUAUGCAAGCUAGAAUAACUGGCCACUGCUGUACAGAACUAGGUAAUCCAUGUGUUCUCCAUUUUUUUUUUUUGUCAAGAUUGUAAAUGUAAAAUUUGUACAUAGAGCUUGCUCAUUGUUUAUUGUUCAUAUUCUUUGCACUCUUGGAAUAGCUAGGUUAGGUUGAGGUGAUACACGAAUAAUAGACUUACUAUUCUAAUGGCUGUAAAUAUGAUUGUCGCAUUUGUUGGUUGUCACAUGUUCCUGUCAUCCUCGUUUGUUCGUUCA